UUUUAUUUUUAAUUGACUUCUUAUUUGUUUUAACUGUCUGUGUGAUAUCUACACGACCGGAUAAAUCUCGUCAUAUAACAAUAUAGUCAGUCUGGCUGCCAGGCACCAGCAGCACUACCAAGUAGAUUUACUACCUACGUUUUCACGGCACAAGUUCAAGUUAGCUGCAAAUUUUGCAAAAUGGUUUUCUCCAUCAUGUCAUUUAGACAUCAUUGAAAAUUGUAAAUAUAGGAUUAGUCUGAAACCAUAUUAACGCUCAUUUUUGCAUAAGGUUGAAAAUACCCUGAAAAAAUGGCAGAAUCAUCAUCUAGUGAGAACAAGUCUGAGCCUGAAGAUUCAGGGCCAGUACCAUCUGGUGGAAUUCAUGCUAUCAAAGAGCAUGUUUCCAGGGAUUUGACAUCAUUUAUCAUGUACUGCUCUAGGAUCUUCCAGAUUUUGGCUGCCAUGGCAUACUUGGUACCAAUCAUAUUCCCGGCGCGCAUGGCGUACGUGUCCGCUCUCCUAGCAGCUCUGCUCACCUCUAUACUACGACUGCGCCAGCGUCUGCCUCCACCGCAGCUGACUCGCGAGUGGGGCGCCCGGCUGGUGCUCGAGGACGCCUCGCACUACGUCAUGUACGCGCUGGUGUUCGUGGUGCCGCCGCCCCUGACGCUGGUGCUGCUGCCAGUCACGCUGUUCGCCGUGCUGCACAGCUCCAGCUACACACUGCAGCUGCUCGAUCUGCUGGGACCGAGCUCGGCAGCGCCGCUGCGCUACCUCAUCUCCCUGGUCGAACUGAAGUCGCAGGCGAUGCUGAGGGCCAUCGCCAUCGCCGAGAUCGUCCUGAUGCCCUACACAGUCGCCAUGCUGCUCGUCGGCCGCGGCAGUCUGCUGGUGCCGUUCAUCUACUACCGGUUCCUGUCGCUGCGGUACGCCUCGCGCCGCAACCCCUACUCGCGCACCAUCUUCGCCGAGCUGCGCGUGGCACUGGAGCGGCAGGCGGCCAGCCCGCGCUGCCCGGCGCUGCUCAGUUCGGCCAUCCACCGCGGCGUGGCGCUGGUGUCGGCGCUCAGCCCGCCCGUCAUGGGGGCGCCCCAGUAACGGAGGACCCGGCCGCCAGGGGCGCUGAAGUCGGCUGUCCCCGAAGGGUCUCCGUCUGACCUUACAUGCGUGGAGCCUGGACUCCCUAGCUCGGUGGGUCGUGCUGCUCGGGCCAGGUAAACGGGAGAGGUCAACGGAUGCUGCCUCCGGUGACCUGUUGCAGGGUCAACCGUCAGGUCAGUCAACAUGACUAUCAGGCAACGCCUAUCUGCUGCACUGCCCAGUGCCCACUGAUAGGGGUUCCACUCUCAAUGUCAAUCAGCUAUCAUAAAUGUGAUGCCCAGUGAUGUGUUGUCAUACCGUGUGUGAUGGUAUGUUUCACAGUCGUAUGUGGUAUAUAAGUCCAAGUUUUGUCUGAUGUCUCAGGCGGUCCAUCGAAUGUUGGGUGUGUUCACAGAGCGCUGUCGAUAAAUUGAGACCGUGCACCUAUGGAUGUGUUAUCUGUCAAAUGUUCAGGGAUCCCCAGCUCCCCAAUUCACUGAUGUACUCUAGUCGUGAUUAAUGGUAAGGUGUCUUGGAGCUACUUGGUCUGAGCUACUUGGAGCUGUGUAUCCUAUCAAUUAUCGUUUAUCGUUCGUGAAAUCAGAAAUGCUAUAGUAUGUGUCAAAUAUUUCAUAUUUUUGUCAGUGUAAUAUGUAGCAAUAAAUUAUUUAUGAUUUAGCUCUCCAUUAAGUUGUUUCUUGCAGCCUGUUUCUACUUUUUAUGUUUAUCUACGGCCCCGCACUUCAUCACUAUGUUACCUGUCUGUUCGUAAGCCAAUAUAAGCCACCGAAAGUUGCA